GCGGUGCAGAGGCUGGGCGAAGCAGAAGCAUCAGCCACCGGCCCAGCAUGUCGUACUGCUGGGGAGCCGGCUCCUGCGGGCAGCUGGGGCUGGGCGAGGCGGCCGCCGGCGGGCCGGUGCGGUGCCGGCGGGGGCCAGAGGCCGGCGGGGGUUGGACGCUGCUGGAAGCGGCUUGCGGGGAGCGCCACACGCUCCUGCUGGGGCCGGACGGCACCGUCUGCUCCUGCGGGGCCAACGCCCGGGGGCAGCUGGGCAGGAAGCUCCGCCCGGGGCAGCGAGGCGGCUACACGCCGGAACAAAUUCAAGCUUUAGAAGCACAGAUUAUUGUCCAUGUCAGCUGUGGAAAAGAACACUCGCUGGCUGUUUGCAACAGAGGAAAGGUCUUCUCCUGGGGAGCUGGGUCUGAAGGCCAGCUGGGCACUGGAGAAUUUAAGGAACAAAGUUUAAUCCCGAAGAAAAUAGAUGGUCUCUCUGCUCUCAGAAUAAUACAAGUUACCUGUGGGCACUUUCACUCAGUUGCACUGGCACAAGAUGGCAGAGUCUUCUCAUGGGGACAGAACACCCAUGGCCAGCUGGGCCUGGGACAAGAAAUCCCCUCCCAGCCUAGCCCACAGCAUGUCACAUCUCUCAGCGGGAUCCCCGUGGCUCAGAUUGCUGCCGGCGGGGGACACACCUUUGCCCUGUCUCUCUCGGGAGUUGUGUAUGGGUGGGGCAGGAACAACGCAAGGCAGCUGGGAUUAAACCACGCUAACACAAGAGAGCAAGUCUUCAAACCGUAUGCAGUAGCUGCUCUGAAGACUAUUGGCGUGGUCUAUAUCAGCUGUGGAGAUGAGCACACUGCAGUGCUCACCCAGGAUGGCAGUGUGUUCACAUUUGGAGAUGACAGUGCUGGACAGCUGGGACAUCGCUCUUCAACCCAGAUGCCUGGUCCUGAGAAGGUCGAAUGGAUAGACGGUCCAGUUUCCCAUUUGGCAUGUGGAAGCUAUCACACCCUGGUCUACGUGUCUACUUCUGGGCAGGUUAUAUCUUUUGGACGUGGUCCCCAAAGACACAUUGAAAAUGAAACAGCCAGUAACCCAGGGGAGCAGACACAGAACUUUGACAUCAGCAGUCUGAUUUCAGCUAACGAUCUGUCGGGCGUCCAAGUGAAAAUGAUUUUUGCUGGAACGUAUGUCAACUUCGUCAGUACUCUUCAGUGCCAGGAUCUUGAGCAUGCACGUGGGAUCUCUCCCGCAGAUACCCUGCAGAAGAUUAGCAGGCUCGACAGGACAUUGAUAGAUAAAUGGAUGGCAGUGACAGUUGGCACUGAUGAAUUCCAGGAGGCUAAAAGGGAAAUAGCCGUGAUAUUUUCUUCUCCUGCUUGUUUAAGUGCAAGUUUUUUAAAACCCAGCUUUGCUUUGGAAGCAAAUGGUGUUGGUGUUGAUCUACAAAAGGCAAGGGACAUAUUUGAUGAGCUAACCAAAAAGGAGUGGAUCGUUAACCAGAUAAAUUACUAUCUGUUGGCUGAACUGAUUCCUGGUCUUCCACUGCGUUCUCCUCAUCAGGAGGCUUUAUCUGUUUUCCUACUCCUGCCAGAAUGCUCUGUGAUGUACAAAGAACAGAACUUGGAGCCUUUUGUUAUGCAACUUGCGCAGGCCAUUAAUAGCAUGAGUGACCGUUCCUCAAACAUACUGGAAAAAUGCUGGAUGUCGUUGUCAGCAUCCUUUUUGGACAAUGUGGUGCAGAUGUUUAAAAAGGUUGUAGUAUCUCAGCUGCCAUUUUACGCUUCUCCCCGUUGCCGGGACACCAAACCUCUCCUAGAAGUGCUUGAAAAGCUGUACAGGGCAAACAGGAAGGCUAACUACACACUACAGUUAAGCAAUUUUUACAUAGAUGAAAUCUCCGGGACAUUUAUUCCAACUGACGUAGGAAGGUGGCGCUCAUGGCAAGCUACAACUAAUUCGUGUCAUGAAGACGACGUUCCCGUCAUAUUCUGCCGUUUCCCUUUUAUCUUUAACUUGGUUUCCAAGAUUCAAGUGUUCCACUUUGAUUCAUUUUUCAUGCAAGAGGGUGCGAAGGUAGAAGCCCAAUUCAUACUGAAGCAGAAUGAACUGUUGAGAAAGAGUGAGCUUCCUGAGUUGCCUGUUUUUCCUCUGCAAGUUAAACGCAGCAACCUGGUUGAAGAUACUUUAUGUAAACUAAGUCUGGUGGAGGACAGUGUCCUGAAAAAGCAGUUGUUGGUGCAAUUUGAAGGGGAGUUGCUGGGCCUGGAUGCGGGCGGAGUGACGUUAGAAUUCUUCCUGUACGUAUUUGAAGAGAUGGUGGAUCCACAAUAUGGGAUGUUCGUGUAUUGUGAUCCUGCGUCCCCAAUGUGGUUUCCUACCAGCCCUUCAGUAGAGAAGAAAAAGUAUUUCCUCUUUGGGAUCCUGUGUGGGCUCUCCCUGUUCAACAGGAUCAUUGCCUUCAUCCCUUUCCCACUCGCUAUUUUUAAGAAACUUCUGGAUAAGAAGCCUUCACUCGAAGAUUUGAAAGAGCUGAGUCCUGUGGUAGGGAAGAGUUUGCAGGCAGUUCUAGAUUAUGAGUAUGAUGAUAUUGAAGAGAAUCUUCAGAUACAUUAUUGUGUGUCGUGGGACAACAAGGAAGUAGACCUGAUUCCAGAUGGCAGUUCCAUAGCUGUGAACAACAAAAACAAGAAGGACUUUGUCAACAAGUAUGUGGAUUACGUCUUCAACAAAUCUGUGGAGGUGGUUUAUGAGGAGUUCAAGAGGGGAUUUUAUAAAGUCCUGGACAGAAAGAUACUUAGAUUCUUCCAGCCUCAAGAACUGAUGGAGGUGGCAAUUGGAAAUGCUAAUUAUGACUGGAACAAAUUUGAAAAGAAUGCAGUCUACUGGGGAGUGUACACUCCAUCACACCCCACCAUCAAAAUGUUCUGGAAGGUUUUCCAUGAGCUUACAGUGGCACAGAAGAAGGGCUUUCUCUUGUUUCUCACAGGAAGUGACCGGAUCCCUGUAAUGGGAAUGGACUGUAUAAAGAUAAAGUUCAACCAACAUAUGACUAUGUCUGAAGAUCACAUCCCUGAAGCACAGACCUGCUAUCACAUCCUGAUCCUCCCACAGUAUUCUACAAUAGAAAAACUCCGAGAGAAACUUCUUCUAGCGAUCGAUAACAAUCGGGGGUUUGGCAAAAAUUGAGUCACAAAUAUGCACAACAUGAAUCGGAAACAGAAAUGCUCCCUAGUCUCUUGAUUCUGGAUUCCUUCCUCCAAAAUUCCCAUUGGAAUCAGGCCAGUAGUACAGUCUCUUCCCGAUACAGGAGAAAAACUUUGGAAUAAUUCAAACACCACUUACAAAAAUGGGUUUGUUUGCUUUUGUGUUAAGUCUGCAGUGGCAAUUCCCAAACACCCUUGUUCAGGAGUGUCAGAAUUAUUUAGGGUCUCACUAACGUGAAGAAACAGAUUAAACCCAAAUAAUAUCUAUAUAAGUUUAAUGGUUUGACUAAGCCUCAGCAAAGCAGAAAAAUGUAGAGCAUAAUCUAAAAUAGGGUUUAUAACAGAAACUGUGGCACACUCUAAUACUAGUCCAAAACUGUAGUGCUAUAGGAUGAGAAUUUAACUGCCAUAUAUUGAAAGCUUCUAACCAACAAACUAUAUUAAAUUACUGCUAUAUCACUUAAAUCUCAAA